AAUGUAGCUUUGUCGCCUCUCCGGUCGUUCAUCUAUAAAGAAAACGGACUAAAAAAACAAACACGCCAUCUUUCUGCGGCUACGUUAACGUUAAAAACAUUGCCGUUAUAAAAAGUGUAACAGACGGAGCAACAGGUGAUCCUGGUUCCCGGGCAGACGCGUGAUUGACAGCCGCGUCGGCCAAUCAGCUGGCAGGGAACGGAGCCCACCCACCAAUAGCGUGCGCCCGCAGUGUUGGUUGUGGGCGUUGAUCCAGGGCUGACAGCAGUGUCAUCAGCGGUAGCUUCACACUGGGACACCGAGGACAGACAGCGAGGGUGUUUCUGUACCGAGGAAGGUGUGUUUCUUCCCCGCGGUCGUGUUUGUCGACAUUAACGGUGGAAAUAACACCGUGAGUUGAAUUUUAAGGCUGUGUAGAGGCUCGGGAGGACCGCGUUUCUUGCUCAGAGAGGAUUUUCGACUGAAUGUUUUCUCCACAGAUGGCUCAGACUGGUAACUUCUGCAGUCGUUUUGGAAUAUCAGCAGCUCUGAGGAUUAUUGUUGGACAGCUGGAUCAAAUCUCCCAAACCACCAAUCCUUCCUCAUGAGGAAAGAUGGGGAACGGAUUGUCAGAGCAACCUAGCUGCCUCUCAAGCAUCCCGUUCUUCCAGUCGUUCCACAUCGCCAUCCUCGGGCUGGACUCGGCGGGGAAGACCACCGUCCUGUACAGACUGCAGUUCAACGAGUUCGUGAACACGGUGCCCACCAAAGGUUUCAACGCGGAGAAGGUCAAACUGUCUCUGGGCGGCCACAGGACUGGGACGUUCCACUUCUGGGACGUUGGGGGCCAGGAGAAGCUGCGCCCCCUGUGGAAGUCGUACACGCGAUGCACGGACGGCAUCAUAUUCGUGGUGGACUCUGUGGAUGCAGAGCGCAUGGAGGAGGCCAAGACGGAGCUCCAUAAAAUCGCAAAGACCUCGGAAAACCAAGGGGUGCCCCUGCUGGUGGUGGCCAACAAGCAGGACUUGAGGCACUCUCUGGGACUCGAUGAAGUUGAGAAACUGCUGGCGCUGAAAGAACUGGGCCCCGCGACUCCCUGGCACCUGCAGCCCGCCUGCGCCAUCAUAGGAGAUGGACUCAGGGAGGGCCUGGAGAGACUGCACGACAUGAUCCUGAAAAGGAGAAAGGUGCUCCGGCAGCAGAGGAAGAAGAGAUAAACCGGUGGCGAGAAAGACUUGUCUGCUGUUUUCACGUGAAGGAAUAUUCCCCCGGGUGGACUCAGGCCUCCCGCUGCAGGUCGCACAGUCAGCGUACUGAGUUUUAUCAGUCCAGAACUGAGAUGUUAGGAUUCCCGGUCUUGUGACGACGCCGUUGAUGAGGAAGUGAUACAUAAAGGAGCACAGUAUGGAGACGAGAAAGGUUUCAGACAUGUGUGGAUAUGCUACUAAAGGAGUUUUAGAAAGCAGUGAGGGUUCGGGGUGUGGAAGGGCGGUAGAAGUUAAAGAUGCUGUAUGUUUCAUGAACAGCUAAAGGCCGUUCCAAACAACUACCAAAAAUAAUUUAAGAGAAGGCUUUGACUAGUUGAAGGGUUUCUUGGUGAACGAUUGAACAUUGGCAAUGACAUGUACAUUUAUUUUACUCUUUUAUAUGUUAUUAUAACUUGUUCUUUCUUUCUUUCUUUUUUACACUGGACUUCCUUUGUCAAAGAAAAGUGUUAUCAUGCGUUAUUAUUGAUUGUGUUUGCUGGCUUAUAUCGCUCAUUUCUUUUUUUUUUAAAAAAAAGCACUUUAGAUUAUCACUUUGUAUGAAGUUUACAGUUUUAAAAUAGAUUGUGUUGGAGUUAACAGAAAUGUUCGGGCUGAAUACAACAGAUGCUCCUGUAGUUGGUCCACUCGGCCACAUUGUCAUUAGACAGGUUAUGCAUUAUGUUUUGCUUAAUAAAGACAUAUUUAGAGCAACGUU